AUGCGACAAGGACGGCAUGGUCUCGUCGCUGUCAGUGCCUCGGGGGACGGCAGCGCGCAGGGGGGAGGAGCCGGGGGAAAGCGCGGGGAGCGGGGGGGGAUGGUGAGGGGAGCAGCGCGGCAUAGCAGAUGCGCAUGGGCGAAGGGGGCGAAUGCUAUGAGAGCGAGAGCCGGGCGCAUGCACGCUGCUGCUGCUGCUGCUGCUGCUGGUGCUGCUGCUGCUGCCGCUGCCGCUGCCGCUGCCGCUGCUCCAUAUGCAUGCCUUGUUCCUCAACGCUGGGGGCCUCACCGGCCUAUUUCUGGGGCACCUCAGAUAGUACUCUCCGCACGAACCUCCCUCCUCCACCCCUCCUCUGUGCAUCACGCAGGUUCCUCAACGGUGGAGGCCUCCCGGGCUCCAUCCCCCCCGCCUGUGAAGGGCCUCACAGACCCGCGGCCCCUGCCCCUGGGGAGCUCAUGCUCUGCACCACCUGCAUCGUACCAUGCUUCUCCUCCCGUUGCUCCCUUUCUAUCCUCUACCCAUCGCUCGCCCCCACCGUUCUGCCUCCACCUUCCCACGCCUUCCGAGCGUGCUCGGGUCGGCAGCAACAGCAACAGCAACAGCUUCACAGGGCCCCUUCCCCUCUCCACUCCAUCUCACGCCUUCACAGGGCCCCUUCCCCUCUCCACUCCAUCUCACGCCUUCCCAGGGCCCCUUCCCCUCUCCACUCCAUCUCACGCCUUCACAGGGCCCCUUCCCCUCUCCACUCCAUCUCACGGCUUCACAGGGCCCCUUCCCCUCUCCACUCCAUCUCACGCCUUCACAGGGCCCCUUCCCCUCUCCACUCCAUCUCACGGCUUCACAGGGCCCCUUCCCCUCUCCACUCCAUCUCACGGCUUCACAGGGCCCCUUCCCCUCUCCACUCCAUCUCACGGCUUCACAGGGCCCCUUCCCCUCUCCACUCCAUCUCACGGCUUCACAGGGCCCCUUCCCCUCUCCACUCCAUCUCACGCCUUCACAGGGCCCCUUCCCCUCUCCACUCCAUCUCACGCCUUCACAGGGCCCCUUCCCCUCUCCACUCCAUCUCACGCCUUCACAGGGCCCCUUCCCCUCUCCACUCCGUCUCACGCCUUCACAGGGCCCCUUCCCCUCUCCACUCCGUCUCACGCCUUCACAGGGCCCCUUCCCCUCUCCACUCCGUCUCACGCCUUCACAGGGCCCCUUCCCCUCUCCACUCCGUCUCACGCCUUCACAGGGCCCCUUCCCCUCUCCACUCCGUCUCACGCCUUCACAGGGCCCCUUCCCCUCUCCACUCCGUCUCACGCCUUCACAGGGCCCCUUCCCCUCUCCACUCCGUCUCACGCCUUCACAGGGCCCCUUCCCCUCUCCACUCCGUCUCACGCCUUCACAGGGCCCCUUCCCCUCUCCACUCCGUCUCACGCCUUCACAGGGCCCCUUCCCCUCUCCACUCCGUCUCACGCCUUCACAAGGCCCCUUCCCCUCUCCACUCCAUCUCACGCCUUCACAGGGCCCCUUCCCCUCUCCACUCCGUCUCACGCCUUCACAGGGCCCCUUCCCCUCUCCACUCCGUCUCACGCCUUCACAGGGCCCCUUCCCCUCUCCACUCCAUCUCACGCCUUCACAGGGCCCCUUCCCCUCUCCACUCCAUCUCACGCCUUCACAGGGCCCCUUCCCCUCUCCACUCCAUCUCACGCCUUCACAGGGCCCCUUCCCCUCUCCACUCCAUCUCACGCCUUCACAGGGCCCCUUCCCCUCUCCACUCCAUCUCACGCCUUCACAGGGCCCCUUCCCCUCUCCACUCCAUCUCACGCCUUCACAGGGCCCCUUCCCCUCUCCACUCCAUCUCAUCACCGUCCUCCUCGCCCCCCAAACCCCUCCCCCCCCUCCGCCCUCCUCCCUCCCACCGUUCACAAUUUGGGGGGCAUCAGCUGGUGCAGUGGUGGUGGUGCUGCUGGCGGUGGUGACGCUGCGCCCAAGCUAAACCGCACACCCUGCCCGCACGUCCCCCUGGCUGACAUCCUCAGAGCCACCAAUGGGUGGGCGGAGGGGCGGAGGGUGGGGGGAGGCAGGUGGAGCGAUGUGUACCGGGGGGAAUGGGUGGAAGGGGGGGAGGCGGGGUCGCAUGGGGGGGAGGAUGGGGAGGGAACAGGAGCGAAGAAGCAGGAAGGAGGGGAUGUUUCGGGGGGGUCGAAGGGGAAGGGGGAGGGGAGCGAAAAAGAUGAAGGGUCACAGGGAAAACGGAAGGGGAGUGACAACGGGGAAGGGUCGCAGGGGAGGCGGAAGGGGAGUGACCAGGGAAAAGGUUCCCAGGAGAAGCAGUUUUCAGGGGGAAGGAUGGGGAAGGGGGGGAGGCCGGGGGGACAAGUGGGCAGUGAAGCGCAUGAGGGGGGCGCAUGGGGCAGAGAGGGCGGAGUUUGA